AUGGAUUUGAUUCUCCAUGACUUAAGAAGGCAAUCCCCACAGUACAAAGGUCUUCGAAUAGACUCCUACAUACGACAGGGAAGCUCACGAGAUGGGUUGAAAGUCUGGAAAGCGGACGAGUUCGAUUCGAUGCUCGAAUUCCACAUUGAAGGUCUGGAAAAACGUGUAGAAAGAAUGUAUAUUGCCAGCCCGCUUGUUAGUGGAAAAAACAUCCCUGGAUUCUGUUAUUUACAGAUUACUGGAACAACACCGGAAAAUCUACGCAAAUCCUGCCCCGAACUCUUCGAGGAAGGAGUAUUCCAAAGCAAAGCCGGACAGAUCUUUAUUUCAUCUAAACGUCUUUACGAACGAGUGUUUUAUUCCAUGGUGGAUAAAGCCAUACACAACCUUACAAUCGAAGAUGCUAGUACCAUAUUCAGAAAUGCAGAAACCUUUCGACUGACACAAAACUGGAAUCCUCCUGCCAUUAAUGUGACAAUUGAAUUGAAAUUUAGUGGCAAACCGGCUAAGGUAAUCGAUUUGGAUUUGGUACCCGCGUUUUGUUUGUCCUUAGACAAAACAACACGAUACAAAGAUUGUCUUCUAAACUGCCCCAUUCACGCUGUCUGCAAAUGGAUUGAUGGCGAAGACUUUAAUCAAGACCUCAUCUGGAGUGCAAAGUCUACAGGAUAUGAAAUACAUAUUCUUGAUGUCGCAAGAGAUGAUCAAAGAACGCUGUUCAUUAUGACCGCUCUGCGCAUAGUUAAAACGUAUUUUGUAAAAACAACACAGAUUGCAAAGGCAGGAAGCUUUCUUCCUCCCCAAAUUGUAACGGUCCUGAAGUCGUAUCAUUUGAAGCAAAUUGCUUUCUAUAUGAUCUACUACAUAUGUCACAAGUAUAAACAUUUCAAGUUAUACAGUGCAGAGAAAGCCCUUAGCUACUUCAUUGCCUUUCUCGAUAAAGCUUUGGAGGCAAAGCGACUUCCACAUUUCUUCUUUACAAGUUCUGCCGCAAGGGACAUGUUACCAGGGUUUCCAGAGCAAAGCAGAACUCAGCAGCGCUAUAAUCUCUUCAGGAAGAUUCCCAGCGAAGCUUUAGCCAAAGCGAAACAGUCCCUUUCAGAUAAUCUUAUUCUAAAUGUUGCAUUUUCUGGAGGAGGUGGAGGAAGAGAUGAUGAACUAACAUCUGCUAUCCAAGACUUUGGAAAUGCGAUUUUGGGCGACGACGAUUAUUUCUGA